UCUCGGCGGCUGGAGCGCGAGCUCCCCCACUGGCGCGCGCUCACACCAUCAUGGCGGACGCUCACGCGCACGGCGGCGGUAACCUGGUCCCGGUGCUGCUCUCCUUCUCCGUGUUCUCGCGACCCUCCGCCGUUCCCGCCGGCUCGGGCUAUGAAGUGCUCAUCCAGAAGUUUCUCUCCAUUUACGGCGCGCAGAUCGACGUGCACCGCAAAUUCCUCAUGCAGCUGUUCUCGGAGGAGUGGGGCCAGUACAUCGACCUGCCCAAGGGCUUCACCAUCUCCGAGAAGUGCCGGCUCCGACUGGUGCCCCUGCAGACGGACAUCACAGCGCUGGGCAACCUCUCUCCAGCCACCACCGUCUUCUUCUGCUGUGACAUGCAGGAGCGCUUCAGGCCCGCCAUCAAGUACUUCGGUGACAUCAUCAGCGUUGGCCAGAGGCUGCUCCAAGGGGCUCGUAUUCUGGGCAUCCCUGUCAUCGUGUCGGAGCAGUACCCUAAAGGCCUGGGCAGCACAGUGCAGGAGAUGGACCUGACAGGAGCCAAGAUGGUCUUUCCUAAAACCAAGUUCUCCAUGGUGCUGCCGGAUGUGGAAGCUGCCCUGGCUGAGAUUCCAGGAGCCCGUAGCAUUGUCCUCUUUGGAGUUGAGACUCACGUGUGCAUACAGCAGACGGCGCUGGACCUGAUCGGCAGGGGUUUUGAAGUGCACAUUGUAGCUGACGCAACAUCCUCCAGAAGCAUGAUGGACAGAAUGUUUGCACUAGAGCGCCUUGCACGCAUCGGAAUCAUCGUCACCACCAGCGAGUCUGUCCUGCUGCAGCUCGUAGCUGACAAAGAGCAUCCAAAAUUCAAAGAGAUCCAGAAUAUCAUUAAGGCCAGCGCCCCUGAGUCUGGCCUGCUGUCCAAGGUGUGAGGAGGUCCGGGCAGAGAAACGUGAGGCGCUUGUCUGACUCGCUACAGUCUUUGUUUUGCCCAACAUCUCUUACAGGUUCUGCAAAAACGUCUUCAGAUUUGAUGGAUGUUUUGAAUUUCUUUCUGAAGAUUUUCAAAUGUUAGUUCAUUCAUGCGCUUCAAAUCGUACUAACUUUGUUAACAGGUUAAAACUGUAGUGUUUUUAGGUGGUGGUGGAUUUAGCUGACGUUUAUUUUUAGGUGUCUGUUUGCUUGGCAACAAACUGGAUAACUUGCCUAAGGCCACAAGUUACUGUUUAAUGGAUGUCUCACAUUUUAAAUUGAAACAGUCCAAUAAAUCUUGGGAGAGGGAAUUAAGGGAAUAAGUUCUUUCGCCAGAAAUAUUGUCCUGUAUAUCACCAUGGACACCACUGGAACUGCAGGUGCAGCACAAAUUAAACCCCACACCCUUCAAAAAAUGCCCCAAAUCCCAGUGUCAUUCAUUUUAGAAUCUAUUAAACAGGUAUUUUAAUUUGCAUGGUCCAGUAGUUUAAUUGUUCAGAAAUUCAUAGCAAGCAUAAACCAUGCUGAAUGUGCAGUAAAAAGUUACAACGUGAAGACUUUUGUGACCUUAGUGAAUGAAGUGGUGGUAGAAUUGGCGGAUUAACGAACUGUAGAAGCAUGAGGAGUUUUAGUUUGUGCUGAAUUUGUACGAAAAACUUAUAGAGGGGCACUUGUAGUAUGUGUAGUAAUGUAUUUCUGUGGCAUUUUGCUUAAGUAGAGCUACGAAAUGUGUAAAGUCCCCUGUUUGAUGUGAUGUGAAAACCCAAGGUCCCCCAGUCUGAAAUAAUUUAAAAUACAUUUGUCAUUUCCCCUUAAAAUCUUACCAUCCACUUGUUCAGAUGUUUGCUUUAUUUAUUCAGGAGCCUACUUUCUCAGCUGUUACGAUUACAUAAAAAUCCUAGACAGAAGAGUGAGUGAAGGCACCAAAAGCAGACUACCUCUUAAAUUCUUCAUUUGAUUAAACUCCUGAAAAUGUUACAAGCCAUUAAAUAACACCCUUAGAAAUAUGUGCAUGUUUGUGAAGGCAUGAGAAUGUCGCUGUAAUUAUAAAACAUAUAGAGACUAUUGAAACUGAAUGAGUUGGUUUGAUCCAUUAUGGAAUACAUUGCUGUUACAUAAUUUUGGGUCAGGCUUAACCCUUAGAAGUCGGGAGUUAUUACUUUUGUUUUGAUGCAUUAUUUAAAUGUAAUUCCGUAACAGCAUUUAAUGAUAUGGUUAUUAUUUGAGUUCCACACGGAAUUUACUCUCGAUUUUAGAGAUGCACCAGUAUCAGAUUUGUGGGUUGAUGCCACUAUUCAACAUUUUUCAUGUACAUGUCUGCCAAUGUGGAUACAUAAACAUUCAUAAAAUGUUGAAAUUGGGACUGCACUGUACUUUCUUUACUCUCAUAGAGAAAUAACUAGUUUCUAUAGGGUUACAAAAGCAAUAAAAUGAAUAAAAUGCAGACAUUGUAGCACGGUAGUCUAGCAUCACCUAAACAUUCGGAAUACAAUAAAUACAUCAUCAAAUAUCUAUUUGAAAUAUCAGUCGGAUCUAAACAUCCCUCCAGUGCCGCUGAUUUUUUUUAAUAAGCAGAUAUCUGCGGAUACCAAAUAUGAUUCUGUCAUCAUCGUGAAUCCGUAUUUGGUUUAUUUUCAGUAUGAAUGAGUUUGAGCCUUUACUGCCCUUUUGCUUUCUGUUUUAAUGUUGAGAUGACAAGAAAAGCAGAAAUGUAAAGGUUUUUCUUUCUGCAAAACAGGACUGAACACAUCAAAUUCAUCAAUUUAAAUGUUUUUUUUUCUACUUGCAAACAUAAAUGCAGUGUCGAUUGAAAGCUUAGAAUCUGUACUUCCAACAGAGUAUCUCCAUUUGUUCAGUGAGCUACUAGUGAGAAACAGAACUGCUCUAUGUUUUUGUCAUUGCUGGCAAUAAUCACGACCUCUAAGGGUUAAAGUUUUAGUUCAUUGAACCGAGGCUGAAAAAUCACCCAGCAUUGCUUACUUCAAGUUACUGGUCACAUUUAUUAUGAUUUUUUUUGUUGCUGUUUCUAUUGUGUUUGUUUAAAAGUCCUCUUGUAGGUUUCUUUUGUGGUCUUUUUCCUGUGUUCUGUGUUUUCUGGUUGAGUUCAUGCACAAAACCCCUAAACGGCACUAAAGCUCCAUCGUCCUUUAAGUCUGAAAGGGCUGAAGGGUCUGUAUGCUCACUUCCCGGCGUCUGAUCCAACUUCGCUCUCUGACAUUUACUGUUUGUGUGAGUUUGUUACAUCUUUUGAAGGUCUGGAUACACUUAAGCAAACAUCACCCUUUAAUGUCAUACAUCAAAAUAACAUGCAAAGUCACACACUCUCAUUGCAUAAGCAGCUGUGUUUGAAUAGAAGACAAAAAUAAUCCAGAAUAUCUCGGAGGUUCUGCAACUACAGGCAAUUUCAGGCCCUGUGAGUGAAAGGUGGAGAAAAACAUCACUUGGUGCUUUUUUUGGUCAUAGAUGACAUGGCAGUCUUUCACCAUUUCAUCAUUCAUAAUUUAUUUGUACUUCGAAGUAAAUAUCUAAUGUAAUAUGUUUUAUUCUUUGUCAUUACUGUCAUUUUGUUUUUCUUGUUUAAAAAUCUAUGGCAGCACAUGUCAAACAUGAUAGUGUAGUAAAUGACACAUAGUAAAAACUGACUACAGUGAAUUAAAAUAAAUAAGCCACAGCAUUACUAAUCUAGAAGUUUUGAGUAUCUGAUAAGGAGUAGCACAAGUGAUCAUUUUUAUCAUUAUUAUUGUUAUUAUUAUUGACAGUAUGUACUGGUGUAAAAUUAGGCCUGGAAAAAGUCCCUGUAGUUCCGCAGACAACCUUCUGCUUUACCCCUUUAAAGACAAUAAUCAUGUGGAUCAAAUCAGAAUGAUGCAGAUAUAACUCGUGUUUGUCUCACUACGUUUUUUGUUUUGUUUUUACAUUUUAACAGCAUGUCAUCGCUAAACUGUAUCUAAAGUGUAUCCAGACCCAAAGUGAGAGUGCAAGGAUAAACCUCCUACUGAUGGUGUGAAUAUGUGUGUAAGCAGAAAGAUUAUAUACAGUGCCUAUUUAUGAACAGUCCAAACUGAUUGUACCUCUCUCGUAUAGCCUACUUCUUGAUGUGACAAAAUAGAUUUGUGCACUUUGGUAACAUAACUGUAUAAGAACACCUUCAUUUUUGUAACAGCUUACAUACAUUAUGGAAUAAACAUUUAUAUUAUGCACUGUA